GAGGACCGGGCUGUGGCAGCGGGCGGGAGGGCGGCCGGCCGGACGGGCACGGGAGAAGAUGGCGGAGGCCUCGGCGGCUGGUGCGGGCGCGGGCGCCGCCGUCCCCCCGCACCGCUUCUUCUGCCACUGCUGUAAGGGCGAGGUCAGCCCCAAGCUGCCGGAGUAUAUUUGCCCCAGAUGUGAAUCCGGCUUUAUUGAAGAAGUGACUGAUGAUUCCAGUUUUUUAGAUAGUGGUGGCAGCGGGAUAGAUGACAGCACUUCAACACAGUUUGCAGAGCUCUGGGACCAUUUGGACCACACAAUGUUUUUCCCUGAUUUUAGACCAUUUCUGAGUAGCAGUACACUGGAUCAAGACAUUAGAGAUAAUGAACGGGGUCAUCAAACUCAUGCAGAUCUUUGGGGACCCAGCAGACCUCCCAGAUUGCCAACAACCAGGAGAUACCGAUCUCGUGGGAGUUCUCGACCUGACCGGUCCCCAGCAAUUGAGGGAAUAAUACAACAGAUCUUUGCAGGAUUCUUUGCAAAUUCAGCAAUUCCUGGCUCCCCCCACCCUUUUUCAUGGAGUGGGAUGCUGCACUCCAACCCCGGGGAUUAUGCCUGGGGUCAGGCGGGGCUUGAUGCCAUUGUCACCCAGCUCUUAGGACAGUUGGAAAAUACUGGGCCUCCCCCAGCUGAUAAAGAAAAGAUCACAUCUCUUCCAACAGUGACAGUAACUCAGGAACAAGUUGAUACGGGUUUGGAGUGUCCAGUGUGCAAAGAAGACUACAUAGUCGAAGAGCAAGUCCGGCAGUUGCCUUGCAACCACUUCUUUCACAGCAGCUGUAUUGUGCCAUGGUUGGAACUGCAUGACACGUGUCCUGUUUGCAGGAAGAGCUUAAAUGGUGAGGACUCAACUCGGCAAACACCAAACAGCGAGGCCUCUUCAAGCAGUGGCUAUAGCAGUGACAGCCAACUACAUGACCCAUGGACUUUCUGAAGCUCAAGAUCCAUUGAGUUGGGGCCGUGGUAGACUUACUACAAAUGUAAAUUGUAUAAAAAAUAGUAUGUGGAUAUAGGAACUUCACCAGAAAUCCCAACCCAUAAUAUUAAUGCAAUGAGUGCUGUCCCUUUCCAAAUUUAAAGUUAGCAUUUACAGAUGGAAUUGUAUCCGAGCCGAAUGCCUCUCUUAUUCCUGAAUUUCAGAGUGAUGACUUGAUUUUAUACUUGUGAAAACUAAUUAUGUGUUUCUUUCAGAAUGAAAUAAAUUCGUUACAGGUCUAGUUAGGGUUCUACUAUGUCAUGCUGCCUUGUAAUGGAGGUUCUGCUUUCUCCCCAGCCUCCAUCUCCCUCAUCAGUGUAUUUUAAAGUAAAUACAGUGGAACCAAAACCCCAUGGUCCUUUUGGCAUAAAGUAUUUGUGUUAACUGGGUGAAAGUGACUCCUAGCUGGAUUAGCCAUGAAAUCAAGUCAAAUAAAGCCAGAGCUUUGACUUGAGCUUCCAAGAACAAACUGAAGGACAGUUAAAAUGGAAAAGAAAAAGUGGCUGAUUGUCUAUCUCUUUAGUUUUGCUCAUUUUUCUUUUUAAAAUGAUACUUCAGGAGGAGGCAGUUCCACUCAAGAUGAAAAUAUAGCAUUUUCUUACAGGCUAGCUGGGACUCUGCCUUGCCCCCCUUGUUGGCAAAGGAUUAAAGCAGGAUGAAAGCUAAUGGGACAGAGGACUCUUAGGUUUACAGUUGGGAAAGGGUUAAAGCAAGAUAAAGGCUAAAGGGCAGAGGACUCUUAGGUUUAGAGUCUGUAAUUGCCCUUGACUCAUAGUAGGUUCCUUGUUUCCUUCCUGUUGUCCUGGGGACCUCCUGAAGACAUCUCUUCGAGAAAUGAAUGGGAUGAUGCGUUAACUGCUUGAGUGUCUAGUUCAUUGGUACUUGAUAAUUCAUUGGUCUUCAGGAAUUUAGAUUUUUAUGUUGUUUCUUUUUAAACUUUUUUUUUUUAAACACAUUUCACUUGUAAACCUUUGCUGUUCUGCCUGGUUCUUGCUGCUGUUGGAGUCAUACCAUUCGUGGCCAGGCUCAAGAGCACUCGACUGAAGGAGGUAUCUGAAUUAAGGUCCUACCUACUCUGUUAACCUAAAAUCAUCCCUAUACACAUGUACACAGCUCUGUGGAGCAUUCAUUUUCUAAACUUGAAUAAAUGAAGAAGGUAAAGAA